AUGACUACGUCAAGGCACAACGUCGCGUUUGGUAUGAUGCUGCUGCACAUGAACGCGGACUACCAUCAUGUGCUGGACAACUGCGAGGAAGCCUGGGUUGCGUGGACAGGUCUGAAGACGCUGUACGGUGGGUCGCAGAAGGCAGGACUCAUCUACCUCAAGCGACAACUUUUCAGCACCAAGAUGGCUGAAGGCGCGAACGUCAUGCAUCACUGCAACGAGGUCCUCAACAUCUCCGCCAAGCUUAGCGGCAUCGGUGCGAAGAUGGAAGACGAAGACGUUGCAAUUUGUCUGCUACUCAGUCUUCCGAAGAGCUACGAAAAUGUGGUGCUUAACAUGGAAAUGAGCAGCACCGAGCUUCGCACUCAAGAUGUGGUGAGAGUCCUGACGAAUGAGCAUGCCAAGCGUCAAGGAGCAAAAGGGACAACGACAGCGACUACGGUGAAGGCUGAAGAUGCAAGCAAGGCAUUCAGCGCCGAGCGUGAGCCCUACCAAUGCACGUAUUGUGGCAAGGUGGGACACACGGUGGAUCGUUGCUGGACAAAGCAGAAGAACGAAGGUCGGGGGAGCCCGACGCGGCGGCAAUGGUCGUGGACGCGGGGCUAA